CUUAUUUUCUGAGUUUCAUUGAACAGGAAUAUGUCCCUCUUGAAGGAAACCGCUCAAACUUGGUACAUACUGCCUGGGCUAUGAUGGGACUUAUUUAUUCAGGCCAGGCGGAUAGAGAUCCUACUCCUCUCCACAGAGCAGCAAAACUUUUGAUCAACUCUCAGAUGGAAAAUGGUGAUUAUCCCCAACAGGAAAUCACAGGAGUUUUUAUGAAGAAUUGCAUGUUACAUUAUGCAGCGUACAGAAACAUAUACCCAUUGUGGGCUCUAGCAGAAUAUCGAAGAAGGGUUCUAUUACCAUCCAAAAAGAUUUAAAGCCUAUAAAGUUUCUUCUAAAAGCAUUCGGAAUAAUCCUUGUUUUAUUUUUCCAGUCAAUAUAAAUAAUAUGUACUGGUGUGAUAUACUUUGUACAUUCGAUUGUUGUGUACUAAACACGUAUUUACUGUACGUGUG